AUGCCUGUCAAAGAAAGAAGUACAGGUUGCCAGUCCACUCAUUGCUAUCUGAUAGCCCUUAUCACUAUUUUCACAUAUAGAAUAAUUAUGCUAUUCGGACAAUCUUCUUAUAGCGAGUCAAUGUCGGAUAAUCUAGCAAGAGCUUCUAGCGCAAGGGAGUACCAGAUAGAGCUUCAACAAGUGGGAAUCAAUACAGCAACAAGUCCGAUGUUGAAUGAGAUAGCUUUCAUCUUCCAAUCUUUCCGAGCUCAGAAGUUUGAAAGGGGCAGUCUUCCAUGUCACUCGGAAGGCAGAUCAAGGUAG